CAUCAGCCAGCCCCAAUAAUUUAUCAUAAAACGCCCGUUUUGACCGCGUUUUCAUGCGGCUAGACCAACCCUUGGGGUUCUCUCAUAAAACUCUCUCAAACACAAUCACUAAUCGAAAUUGCGUUCGUCUUUGACUCUUGAAUACAGAGAAUGGGAAUACCAUCUGAGCUAAGGCAUUACUGGGCACAAAAAACUUUAACCAAUCAAAACCUUAAUCAUAAUGGUUAUGAUAUUAAUAAUUGUAAUGGAAGAUCUUUGUUGAUUGCUUCUCCAGCUGAAGAACAGAAGAUUUUGCAAGCUAGACUUUGUACUCAAGAGGGUGUACGUGCAGGAGUCAAAGCAGCUGUUAUCACCUGCGUUGCCACUGCAGUGCCUACACUAACUGCUGUUCGCGUGAUUCCUUGGGCAAAGGCUAACCUCAACUACACUGCUCAGGCACUCAUUAUAUCUGCUGCAUCAAUUGCUGCAUACUUCAUCACUGUUGACAAAACUAUCUUGGAGUGUGCAAGAAGAAAUGCUCAUUACAAUAAAAGAGAUUGAGAGAAUGUUACGAAGUGCAGUUUUAUGUUGGAAUCAUGUCUCCAAUACCAAAACACAUUGCUGUCUGUUGUGCUAGAGGUCUGGGAUUUUGACAGUAAGACCAUUGUUGGGCAGUGAUAUUUUACUUUUGGUCCCUCUCACCAUGCGAAGAUAAGAUGAGUGGACUUUUUAGCAUAUUUCAGUGAGGAUUUCUUUUGUGACAAUGUUGCUUUAUCUUAUUAAGAAUUGCAUAAAGUUUGAUGCCAUCUCUAUGUUAUUAGGUGGUGGCACUUGUUUA